GAAACUUGGAAGAAAAAUAUAAAAAUAAAAAUCUCAAAUAAAAUACCCGCCUCUCCCAAAAUAUUUUUCUUCCGUAUUUUAUUAUUUUUCAGUUUUACAUAUUCAGAUUCAGUACAAUAAACCUCUGAAAUUCCUGCAUUCAAAUGGAGAAACACGAAUCUACUUCUCCUAUUGACUCCUCGCAUCAACAGAAUUUGGCUCCUUCACAAGCUAAAUUUGCGGAGUUGAAUGAAUCAAGAACAGAAUUAUUGGGUAGGAUCCAGAGCUUAAAACAGGAUUUGCAUAAUUGGAGGUCCAAGUUAAAUACUCAAGUUCAAAGCCAUCGCAAUGAACUGGUUGAACUCCAAAAAUCUUUGAAUAUCGAAGUGGAUCAACUUCGCUCAGAAUUUUCAGGACUGAGAACGACACUCCAGCAGCAACAGGAAGACGUGAAUGCUAGUUUGCGAAACCUGGGGGUUAGUAUCAAAUAUUUUAGACAAUCCGAACAAAGCUGCAAGAUCCUUCACAGGAUACCGGAAGAAGUACUGGUGACAAAGUAAAUGGCGAAGCCAUUGAAGCUGAUGCUAAUGAAUCUCAAAGCUCAAACGACAAAGCAACCGCAGAAGAGUCUACAGGCGAAGAGAAUGACACAGAAAUUCAUCAUUCGUCUGUAGAGAUCGAUAAAGUGGAUGUCAAACCAUUAAACUGAUUUCCUGUUAGAGCCUGUAAUUGUAUUUCAGAUUAGUUGCAACUUGCAAAUUACUAUGGUUUAGUAUCGUUUAUAGCACGUGUGUUCUAUGUAUUUCUUAUAGUGAUAGUUCAAUGUUGCA